AUGGCUUCCACGAAUUCGGGAAUCACCACGGACGAAGCCACCGGGGAACGCUACAUCCCCUCAUCGGUCCGUGCCGAUGGCUCAAAACGCCGCGAAAUUCGUGUUCGACCCGGUUAUCGCCCCCCUGAGGAUGUGGAGCUGUAUAAGAACCGUGCUGCACAAGCCUGGAAGAACCGUGGUAACUCCGGAGUGCCUGGUGCAGAAAGCGUGAAACCCGAGAAUGAAAGCCCUGCUAAACCAGGCACGGCUGCAAGUAACAAAAAUGCAAAGCGAAGGGAAGCGAAGAAGAAAGCAAAGGCAGCUCAGGAAGGAACAGCCUCCACCGAGGGCAAAAAUGUAAACGACAUCGACAAUUGGCGUGCCCCGGAUAAGAAGCAAUCUAAUGGAUCGGAUAAGGCCGCGGGAGGGGCCGAAGAAACGAUCGAUCCAGAAGCCGAGAAUGAAAAGAAGGCGCGCAAUUUAAAGAAGAAACUCCGGCAGGCACGCGACCUACGGGACAAGAAGAACCAAGGAGAGGCCCUGCUUCCCGAGCAACUGGAGAAGGUGAUCAAGAUCCAGGAACUGAUCCGCCAGCUUGACACACUCGGAUUUGAUUCGAACGGUGACAAGAAAGACGGAUCUGCGGAGAAGGAGGAGAAAGUCUGA